AGCGUUUUCCUAUACGGAUACACCAACACAUGGGGGAAAUGCCAUUGGAUUGGUUAUUUUGAAUGACGCUUCAGAAAAUUUUGUUCGUUCCGUGUGGAAAAGUUUUGUUCUCGGACUUGCAGUAAAAACUUGUUGUCGAGCAGUGUGAAAAGAUCUCGUUAUAAGUGAAUAUCGUGGUAAAAUAUUUCAUCAGUUAUUCAAUUGUUGCCAAUCUAUCUACUGUCCAUUGACGAUUGAGUAUAUCAGUCGAAACCCUUCUGUACCAGUGCGUAUAAAGGUUUUGACCACAUCGCGAAAUUAAUCGAGUUUUCUCUCAGUUUGGACAAAUUAGUGAACAAUUUUCUCAUUUCAAUUUUUGUGUUAAAUUCUCUGUGAACUCCAGAACAUAAAGAUGAAGCACCUAUUUGCUAUUGCGAUUCUAUUCUCCGUGGCCUUUGUCGCCUCUGCAGAUCUCAAAUGUAGCAUUGAUAUGCCUGCAGUUCCAACGGAAUGGUUGGACAUGUUCAAGAAAUGCAUCGAAUCAAUGCGCGAUCAGAUUCAGAAAGAAGUUGAUGCCUCAAUGACAUACCUGGCAAUGGGAGCCUAUUUUUCACGGGACACAGUCAAUCGUCCAGGAUUUGCAAAACAUUUCUUUGAAGCAGCCUCGGAGGAGCGCGAUCAUGCCAAUAAACUCAUUGAAUAUCUUCUCAUGCGUGGCGGUUUGAACACCUUCAAUGAGACAAGUAUGAUUACUGAUCUCAUCAAAGUUAAGCUUGUGGAAAAUACAAAAUGGAAUAGUGGAGUAGAGGCUUUGAAGGAUGCACUGAAACUCGAAGCUGAGGUUACUGAAAGCAUCCGUGGUGUGAUUAAGGCAUGUGAAGGAGAUAAGAACGACUACCAUUUAGUCGACUAUCUUACUGGUGUAUUCUUGGAGGAGCAAUAUCAUGGACAGCGUGAGCUUGCCGGCAUGAUUUCCACUCUGAGCAAGAUGAUGAACACUCACGGUACUAUUGGAGAGUUCUUGUACGAUAAGACACUCCUUGAUUAGAUUCCGUGGUGCCAUCUCUUCAACUUAUGUACCAUCAAAAGCAUGAAUUAAAAUUACAAAAAAAAACAAUAAAGAGAAAUUACUUUAGUUAAUAUAAUAUAUGUACGUAGAAAUCUGCGCCACAGGAAAUGACUGUGAUGAGUCAGCCAUUCUCGGGAGUAUCCUAAUCACUAUUUUAUUCAUUUACAUUUCUUUUGGUUUAUUUUGUUUAUUAUGCAUUAAAAAAAGAAGAUGAUGUAUUAAUUAAGUUUUCAAUAAACUCUACUCUUUGGAA